AUGAAUUUGAAUAAAAGAUUUUUUCUUCACUAUUUUGAUGAUUCAAUUGAUUUUGGAGGGAAAGGUAAAAAAGAGCCUCAACAUGAGCAUAGUAGAUGGUUAUUUCAUUUCCUUUUAUGUGAUGUCUGUGGGGAGCUAUUGAGAAUUGUUCCAUUGAGUACUAUUGAAGGUACAAAACAUUGA